CAUACAGAGCACAACACACGUCAGCUACUGCCACUGAAAUGAUAUCAAGUGACAAAAUAAGAGUCCUUCAAGAGUAUCAGUUCAAUUGUUCAUCCACUAAUAUAACCAGUCUUAUAUUGGGUAUUGAUGUGAGUAGAGCUACUGGUAGUAUUAAUUUAUUUCCAAGUGUUAGAGUUUAUAGACCUAAUAGCAUUGAUCCUGGGAAGUAUGAUCUAGUGACUGGUAGUGAGAGAACUAUUUAUUAUUCUACCUCUAAUGUCAGUACUAGUGGAGUGUUUGAAUAUCCACUCAAUCCUCCUAUACCAGUAAUGAGUGGAGACCUGUUAGCUGUAUCACAACCUCUUGAGGAGGAGAGUGCUGUCAGAGUCUAUUACAUUGAAGAUGUAUCUGGAAUCAGUUUUAGUAGCAGUGUAGAAAUAUCAAUAAGUCCAGAUCAAAUUGAUUUAGGUAGCUCUCCAAUCACAAAUCAGUUGAUAUUAGUAUAUCCAGUAACAGAUGGAUACUGUGCUAAUAGUACCAAUUCAAUCACUCCAUCAGUUAUUAGAAAUAAUUUUCUAACAAUCCAAAGUAGUGCAGCAAUUAAUGAUAGAAGGCAGUAUUUAUAUCCUGAAAUUGUGUUCUCAUGUAAUGGAUCCCUCACUAAAUGGAUAUAUGGAGGAGAGCCAGUUUCAGGCAAUAACAGAAAUGAUUUACCUGAGCUCCAAAUAUGGCGUCAACUGGGUCCCAAUAAUUACAAUAAAAUAGAAUCUAGUUUAGUUAAUGCUAAUACAAUGAUUGGUACUAAUCUCUAUGAGUUUAUUCCUCAGACUCCACUGCAGUUCCAGGAAGGAGACAUAUUUGGUGUUUAUAUUCCUCAAUCAACUGAAAGACUUUUUGACCUUUAUGAGCAGGUAGGGAAUGGGCCACUUAAUGAACGAGUUGAUGGUAAUGUUGCUGAUCCUUCUUCAACAAUAACUCAAGCACUUGUAACAGACACAACUAAUGAUUUCCCAUUAGUCACUGUAGAAGUAUCAAUCUCAGUGGCAUCUAGUACAACUUCUAUAAUAACAGCCUCUACAGCACUUACCACAACUACUAUUAGCACUAUUUUUACAGUGGUGCCCAUCACUCUCAGUAGUACUUCAUCUGUACUGGUCACUGCCACUACUAGUUCAUCAGUGACUGCAGUUAUUCCUCCUAGCAUCUCAUCUAGUAUCAGUAUAAGUGAUAAUUUUAAUCCAUCACUUUUGUCAUCUACGUAUUCUAACAGUUUAUUUGAUACCAAUCCAGUUAGUUCAACAAUGGUCAAUACUACUACUAACAACGACUCUUCAGCUAUUGCUACUACUGUAACUAGAUCUAGUACUGCCAUUAGCAGUUCCUUCGUGAUGACUGGUGUUUAUCUGAGCAGUUCAUCAUCUACUACUCCUCCUAAUAAUGUAUCUGCUAUCCCUACUGUGAUAUCUGUUAGCUCACGUGCAACACUAUCAACUGCUAUCCUCAGCAGCAUGGAGCCAUCUUCUCUCCCAUCAUCUGUAGUCAGUACAUCCACAUCAUCUACUACUACAAACACAGCACCAGUUGCAGUAUACAUAAUUGCAGGCAUUGUAGCAUGUAUUAUUCUUGCCUCUUUAGUAAUAAUAGUGCUGUCUGUUGCUGUUUGCAUCAAGAAAAAAGGACAUGUUAGUAUUGAUUCAUCAGACAUGAAAGACAAUCCAGCAUACAUUACUACUAACCCUAUUGCAGUGACAAUACAGGAUAAUCCAGCAUAUGCCGCCAAUGUUGGGAAUGAAUGUAAUGCAGUAGAUUAUGAAGAAUUGGAUCAAGUGAUAAUACAAGAUUGCUCCUAUGAUGAAAUUGAUGAUUAUAUAUAA